AUGGCUCGCUCGUCUAAUCUGGAUACUUGGAUUCAGAUAGCUAAGGUUGCUGCGGCCGUUGGGGACAUGGCACCAUUUCCGUAUAUCAAAGGCAUUGGUGGGUGUGCUGUACUCAUACUGGAAGCUAUUCAGGGAUUGCAGAAAGCCGGCAAGAAUGAUGAGGACCUGCUAGAUUUAGCGGAGGCUAUAGGGGAGACUAUAGAACUCAUCCAGGAUGCUGUUGAAGAACACGACAAAAAGUUUGAAAAGUACUUGACGUACUUACAUGAUGAGGUGAACAGCACCCGACUCGAGUCCCGUGGACGAUUCAAGCGGUUCAAGCGUUUCCUGAAGAGAAAUGAAGUAUGCGACGCAGUUAAUGGUUACCAGGAACGCGUCCACAUGAUCAAGGAAAAAUUUAUGGCAUGUCUUGAGAUCUUGACUGAUAUCAAACAUGAAUUAAGGACUGGUACAGAGGCUCUUACCAGUGCCAUUGAGAUGUCACAAAGGCAUACCAUGGCUAAUAUUGACAAGCAUGCAGACAGCAUAUGUGAAGAGAUACACACAUUGGGUGUCCUGCAGAGCAAGAAAGCCGAUGAACUUAGUGCAGAUGUCCGGACAUUGGAGGAGCAGAGUAGCUAUAAAGGAUAUGUUCAGCAUGUUCUUCUUGGGGAUAUCCAUUUGAGAGAUUGCCUCGAUCAUCCAAACAAUUUCACCAUGUUUACUCAUUAUAAUGCUGACAUUGGUAACACAUCUAAAAUUCAAUUCCACAUAGAUGCUGAUAAACUGAUAAAACUUAAACAUCAAAAUAUUGCUCAGGUCUUUGGUGUAUGCAGAUCUCCAGAAUUUCCUGCAAUUAUACUUCAUGGUACCACACAACACCUAGUCAAAGACUAUCGUGCAUCUCUGACUGCGACUCAGUUGUUGCAUUUUCAUUUUCAACUGCAUUGGAGUAUCCAUGCAUAUGCUAACAACUAA